GCAGGGGGAGGAGAAUACUUAGCAGCUUUUAGCUAUGUCAUCAGGCACAGGUUUGCUGACGAGGAGGUAACAAAAGUAUUUUGCACAGGUGCAGCAGAGGGUUCUUUCGCCUGCCCUGUUGUUGUGACCCCAUCUAAAGCAUCAUCAACGGUGGCAGGCAGUUUCCUCUCCCCCCCCCUUCCUCUAAAGGGUGAUGGCCUUGAGGUAUCAUCAUUGAGCUGACCGGCCCCGGGUCAUUCAGAAAAUUAAUAAUAUUCUGUCCAUCUGAUUGCAUCUGGAUUCGAACUGGGGUCUGAUUCAUAUUUCAACAGUUCGUGGGCGUACCAUCUGAGCUAGGUCCGUCGGUGGCAGGGAGGAUGUAGAUAGGGUCGGUUUUCAACUUGUGAUAGUGUGCCUCCUAUGGAGAAGGGGCGGGGGUAGGUAGGGGUUGGUAUGCCAAAAUCAGCCGCAGAGGUAGGGGUUGGUAUGCAAAAAUCAGCAGCAGAGGUAGGGGUUGGUAUGCCAAAAUCAGCAGCAGUAGCAACGGCCUCAGCAGUAGCAGCAGCUUCGCCGAGGAACAGAAGAGCUGGUGAAGCAGGGGUGUAGGCAAAAGGCGGCUUUAGCUGUGUAGGAGAGAGAGAGAGAGAGAGAGAGAGAGAGAGAGAGAGAGAGAGAGAGAGAGAGAGAGAGAGAGAGAGAGAGAGAGUGGUGAAUGAAUGUUGAUAGCAUUCUUGGAAGGGUACAGUCUUAUCUUUGUUCUUGUUGUUUUGACAAAAAAAUGAGAAUGGAAAAAUAGUAAUUCUGUCGGUGUCAACCAGUGGCAUGGAGUAAUCGAGGAACUGGGUAGAGAGCUUAGUUUCCUUCGUCCUAGGGGAAGGAAAGAUUUCCUCUUCAGGAAUGUGAAGGGCUCAAGGACUUCCUGUGUAGGAAAUCCACCGCCUGAAGAAUUUCCUGAUCUGGAAAUUCUGUGCUUUUUUUUUUGGUUAUUAGUAUGGGGCUGCUGUUUAGAGAAAGGAGAGCACCUACGCUUUGACCACACAGCUAUGCAUCAUCACCAUACUACUACUCUGAAGAUUUCCAGCAACACACUUGUUCAUCAUCAUCAUCGUCAUCCUCAAUUCAGGGCACGAGUCAGUUGAGGACACGUGUCGAUAUGUCAUUGGUCCAGAAGACGCAGACCGCUUGUAGAUUUUGCGAUGUCCAACGCUUGACUUCUUGCUCCAUCUAGCUCCGCUGUGUGGGGACCACUAGCUCUGCUGUGUGGGGACCACUAACUCUGCUGUGUGGGGACCACUAGCUCUGCUGUGUGGGGACCACUUCCUGGAGGUGGACUUAAGAGUUUUUCAAGUUGCCGUUGAUUAAUAGAGCAGUAGAAAGGAUGGACUAGUCACACACCGAUCUAAUUCUCCUCAGCGGGUAUCAAGUUGCAGAUUUUUUGUUUUUUUUUGUUUUUUUUGUUUUGAUUCGGCAUUUAGGUAGUUUGUCGGUGAAUUGGUUUUCUCAGUUAAUUAAUUAAUUAGUGUAUUUAGAGUCAUUUAGUGAUUCUCGUCUAGUACAGUGUGGAGCUGUGUAGCACUUAGGGACUAGUGUAUAAGAAGAUGGUAGGCCUGAAAGUGCACCCAGAAGGUCUCUGUAUGCCCCCGUCUCAGCCAAAUGGGGGUCCAAAGAGGGUGGAGCGGCGACGGAAGCAAUCUACGUCUCUGGAGCAGGAGGGGGAAUUAAUAUCAAGAAUUCUCCCCGAGGGCAAGAAGAAGGGGUCGGCUCCAGUGCUUUCAUGGGAUCAACAAGUGCAAGAGGCUCCUUCUCCCAAGAUCGCUAAGGGAGGGACACCAUCACGUCUGAGAGCAGCAGCGGACUACCCUCGAGUCCUUGACGCUCCGGUGAUAGAAAGGAAAACCAAAGCCAUGAUGGUGUCGAAGAGCAAGGAGCCAAAAUCAGCAGUGGAAAGUCCCACCAGUGUGAAACGUCGCAAAGCGCAAAUAGUCUCUACUAUGCGGCAAUUAGCAGUGGAUGUGCCGCCACCUCCCUCGGCAUCUCUGUCGUGGGAUGAGCGAAUGCUGAAUUGCUUGCUGAAAUAUGGAGGCAGGAUGGCUGCGUUUCUUCACGUCCAUUUUAAGCAGGUCCUGUCCUGUGUGCUCAUCGCAUUCAUGUGUGUUCUCUGGGCUUGCAAGUACUUCUACCUCCUGUCAAGCGAUAGUAUAAAGUCGUCAAUCGCCGUCCACUUGUCGCUUGCUGUUCAGUUGCUCAUCGACAUCAAGGACGUUUCGAAGCAGUGCGUUGCGAAAACAUUGCAGUCUCCAAAGACAAAUGUUCAGGACAAGCAACUGCCAAAAGACAAGGAGAUAGUAGUGGAGACGUGGGCUGACCUCUGGCAUUACCUGCUGGAUUGCCACUUCAGAGCAUGGGCAGUUGUCUCCAAUGCACUGGACUACAUCGCAAUUCGGUCAAUGAUGGCUGCCGGAGGUUUGUGUAUGAUCCUUGUACUUCCAUUUGCUCUGCUCUUCGCAUUUGCGGCGCUGCUGCUUUGGUAUUAUCGAUGCAUCAUGUUGAGGAUUGCGUGGACGGAGAAGAAGAUCGAAGCUGUCCUCUUCAGAAUCAGGAUGAAGUGGGUUGAGUUGGAAAUGGCUGUGGAGAGAUGGAUGAUGCCUUUCUUACGGGCAGUGCGAUUCUACCGCCGUUCCUUUGUCGAUCAACUAGAGCAAAGGUCAUCUGUUCUGAGGGAGCUAGUUGGCCCGGAGCUGGGUUUCACACUGGCAUUGCUUGCAUCCAUGCUUUGGACUGUAGACGCUUUCAUGGCAGAUGCGCAUCUUGAAAACCAUCAGGAAGAGGACUAUUUGGAGAAGCUGUUCUUUGCGGAAGAAAACCACAACGGCCUGCAACUGCAACUCACAGAAGAUGAGCUUCGACUCGUUGAGGCGAUCCCGGAUGAGCCACGACAAGGCUUCUACCUGGGACCCCACAGCUGUCCUCCUAGCCCAAGGAUCCCCAGACCUGUUCAUCGACAAAAGCGGGAGUGUCUGUAUUUACGGCCAGGGCAGUUGUCUAAGAAAGCGAAUCUCCGACGCAAGCCUGCCGUGGAGGGUUCCUUGCUGGUUCGGUCUACCGCAUCCAAAUCCGCUGCGGAAAUGUCCAAGCUCGGAGGAGGAGGAAAUCCCGCUGAGCUGCAAAGAUCCAACACUGUCAUGGAGAACGUGGGUGUCACGAAAAUUCCACUCGAGGGCUCUGGUGCUUGUUCUGCCAGUGAUUCGAAGGAGUCCACUGCUGCUGGGAACCUGCCGUCGUUGAAGAGUCAAAAACAUGUCAGAAGAGUGGGCUUUGCAGAUCUGUCAUCCUUGAGUUUCCAAGAUCCGGUUCUUUCGGGUGCAGCCAGGGAUCAUCAUGCGGGGAACCUACCAUGCGGAGGAAUCUUGAAGAGGAAGGAGGAAAUGGAAGAAGAGACUGCAGACCAACAGGUUAACAGGUUUAUUAUCUCCAUAAGGGGAGAUCAAUCUGGAAUUCACCCCUGUGAGAGCAGCAGGAUGGAGAAGGGGUUUGCUUCGACGGGGCGCGUGCGGGAGUAUGGAGACGACUGCCAAGCCGAUCCUUUGCCGACUUUCCGAUGCGCCGCGCCAGAGAGACGGCGGCCGUACGGCGCACCGGCAUUAGCACCCGCGUUCCCCAAACCCGCGUUACUGAGCCUGAGGAGAUACAAUAACAGUAGAGUGGAGCGGGAUGCGGAGGUGAGCGGAAUCAAGACUUCUGAUCAAUCUGGAUUGGCGAGGGCGUUUUCGGUGAAGGGCAAAGUGAAACCGGAUGGCGUUGGGAGGGACAGAAAGAUGAAGCGGCUUUACACGUAUCCGAACCGCUGAUUCUACAGGACGGUAAUGUUGAAGUUUGAAGUUUCAUUUUUUUUUUGGUCGACAUUCUAGUGCAUACUCAUACUAGAACUUUUUCCACAAGUCUUUGGACGCGAUCGAGGUCAAAUUCAUCUAGGAUAGGGCGUGAUUGCAGUCCGAUGCAUUCUGGAAAGUGCUAGUGUGAGUAUAUGUCCUUAGCGUGUGAUACUUAGAUUAUUUAUUUCGCGAGUAGGGUUACGGAGGGGUUCGUGAGGGUAUGCCAAUCAGAAGCGUUGGUAUCUGAUCAGGGUAUGCUGAUCUGGAUACCUAGACACUGUACACAGGUCCGCACAGCAGGUAAAUGCGUAUUUAAUUGUAGCUAGCUUGUUGUUCUAUAAGACGUGUAAUCGUUCAGAAGGAAGGCUAAUUUGACCCCGUAGAGUGUGUGCGGUCUUCCAAAAGACCUGUAGCAUAGACAAUUACACCAGGCCAGCAGCACUUCUUUUCUUGGCUUCUUUCUUCCCCCGCCUCCCCCAUACCCCACCCUCCUCCCCCAUGUCAGUGCAGAACUUUCACCCUUCACUUUUUUUCCUGCCGCUCCCACACUUCUUGUCCAGCCCGGGUUGCUUGCACAGUUGCGAAAAAGCCCCCCCUCAUUCUCUUCUCUUUCCCGGCUGCCUCCGUAGUUGACGCUACGGUUUUUUUCUGUGUUGCACCCGCAGCAGGGAUCACGAGGGCGAGAGUGUGUCAAAUUGUCGUUCACCAAUGUUAUCGAUUCCUCGACUGUGUUGCUGACCAGUGAUAGGCGGCAUCUUCUAGUGUCUGUGUGUGCCUAGUGUGUCAGCAUCUUCUAGUGUUUUCCAAUGUUUAGUGUCGCAUCAUCUAGUGUGUCAGCCCUCUUUAGUAUGUCUUUUCCCUGGUGGCCAUUGUUGCCUGCAAUGAAAGAUGUUUUGUCCUGGCCUGGCAUUGUCGCUUGCCUCCCAGGUUUCACAGCUGGAACGGACGCAGGGAGGGACCCUAGCUAGCUAUAGACUUGCGAAGGAGGGACUCGCUUCAUCCCCGGAAGGGCUGAUCUCAGUGUCUCUUCGCUCCGGGAACGGUUUGGUAGUCGGGCGUUCGAUUAGAGACUGGUAGUAGUAGCGAGGACUUUGCGUGCAGAAGUUUGCCAACGUCUGUUGACCUUAGUCUAUCUGCAUGUUGUUCCUGUCCAUGGACUAGGAGGAUGAACCUGGACCUGUAUCUGCAUGUUGUUCCUGUCCCUGGAGACAGGAGGAACAUCUGAACCUGGACCUCUGUCUGCCUGUUGUUCCUUUCCACGGAGACAGGAGGAGCAUCUGAAGCUGGGGCAGAAAGGGGAAGAGGAGGAGGAAUGAGAGGUGCAGUCGGAUUGGUUAUGGGUCUCUCGAUAGUCAGGAUUGCCCAUCUAAAAAGACUGUGUUAAACCACCAGUACUUCCAAAAGUCGCGUAGCGUUAACGCUAUGCGAUUUUAGGAAACGUGCGGGCCACUACAGGAGCGCCCAAAUUCAUCCAACUAGAAACGUUUCUACUCUUAUUUUUUUCCGCGGCCGAUAGCUGGGCCAAGUACUGGUGGUUUAAAUGGCACCGGUGUGUUGUAGAAGUUUUGAGCUCUGAAGUUUUGAGCUCUGGAAAGGUCCCCGAUUCCUGCUCGUUUCGAAAAGGGGGUCUCCCUCCCCCCCCCUUCCCCCCUGCUUUGUGUCUUACGCACUAAACUGUCUAGGUUGGUCACGUAGGAGUCGUCCUUGGUGGUUAAUGGUAAUCUCUGAUACCACUUCCGGCUAUCGUAGAGAUCUGACCUGAUAUCUCUGUCCCUGCCACAGGAUCCUGGCAGCAGCAGCAGCAGUGAGCAAAGCAAAUGAUAUAUGGAUACCAAAAUUGCAUGUCGGUCACCACCACAUCAGUCGUCGACUGAAUACCGUUACGGCAUUGCGCUUGCUGAAAUGGUUCGCCGUCCCCUUCUUAGUUGUCGUUCGUCCACCGUAUCGUUUCGCUUGCCAUCCAUUGUGGAACACGCCACAUCGCGGGUCGUCCUCGUCGUCCUCGGUGCAAAAAAAGAAUGGUCCUCCUGGGACCUGUGGGGUCCUGGGGGACCAUGUGCUUUUAUUCCCGGUUAUGUCUCGGUGGAUUACUGUAUCUGCUAUGUCCCUUUCGCUGUGUAGUUUGUCUCCGUUCCUCUCCAACCAUUUUUUUCCCUUUGGUGCUAUGCCCUUUUGCUUAUCCGUCCUCUUGAAUGAGAGAGGAGAGGCACGUGUCUGCAUGUGUGUGCAUGCGUUGUUGAGGGUAGGGAAGGAAAGGAUGCCCUGGUUAGGGCCUUGGAGGGUGUACUCGUAGAGACGAGUUUCGAGAGACAGAAUCUGGCCAUGAUUCCACUCAGUCACAUUCGUGAAAGCGCUAGUUCUUUUGAGUAUACCCUUAGGGCAUUCUCACAUUAGGACUUUUUAACUCGAUUCUGGGCGUGAUUGCCGUCAGACACAUCCAGGUCUGGCCUUAAUUGCGGUCAGAUAUGUUGAAGAUAGUGCUAGCGUGAGUACGCCCUUAGAGACUUUUUCCUGUGGGCAGCGUUUCACCGCACACCAUCUCGUCUUCAAAAUUGCCUGUCGAGGUUCGCUUGCCUUCUGCUGCGCCACGAUCGUCUCCCGCUGUCGGAUAAUUGCCGCUCACUUCGCAUCGUCAUAAUUGUGCCAUUUUUUUUGUGUCAAGUCAAUGUCGUCGAGACUUUUCCCCAAGCAGAGAAACCACUACACAACAUGCAGAGGUUACUUCUCGUGCGCCCUGCUUGCCGUCCUUGCCGUCCUUGCCGUACUAUCUUGCUUUGACUCAAUCCUGUACCUGCUGCUGCAAGGUUUAUGUGCGCAUGCGGUUCUUCCAGCGAUUGCUCAAGAUUACCAUCAGAGUCAAUGGUCACCUAAGUCAAAGGAGCUGCCUGUGUGAGGAGCUGUCCGCUGCAAUUUGUACGCGUCUUUUUGCACACACGGCUAGCAUUUUAUAGCGUGUGUAGGUUGUCCUGCUCGUAAAUCCACAGAACCUGCGCUCAACAAUCAUCGAAAAGCUUCUGCCUUUGCAAGCAAGUGUUGAGACACUGUCCUUGUGUGUGGUGCUCAAACGUUUGUGCGAGUGCAAACGUGUGGGGAAUCUAAUUGAAAAAUCUGGGGUUAGCGACCGCAUGGCCGUCUGGUUGUGUUUGCGUAUGUUUGUCUGUUUUCCUGAACCACUCCUCUCUGACUACUUACCUCCGGUUGUGACGUGCGUCUGCAAACACCAUUGGAGGUUCAUCCCAACUAUAUGGAGACAAACUGGAGGUCACUCUAUAACGUCUCUCUCUCUCUCCCUCUUCCCCCGUCUCCCUCUCCCUCUCUCUCUGUCGUUCUCUCCCCAUCCUCUGUGUGUGUGUGUGUGUGUUUGUGUUCGUGUUCGUGUUUGUGUUUGUGUUCGUGUUUGUGUUUGUGUGUGUGUGUGUGUGUGUGUGUGUGUGUGUGUGUGUGUGUGUGUGUGUGUGUGUGUGUGUGUGUUUUGGUGGUAUAUGCCUGUACCUAUUGUUGAGUAUUUUAAUCCAGAGGCCUGCCUAGGGCAUCGGUGCACAUACUUUCCCGCUUGUCUGUCUAGUGCUCCUUCCUCUUUCAGUACCUUCGUCUUGCUCGCUGGCUUCUUGGAGCGGAGCUGCAGAGUUUUGUGAAAGUUUUCGUACGUUACGAUGCGUACGCCAUGUCUAUAUUUAUUCUUAUGCCUUCAGUAGAUAAGGCAUGAUGCAAAUAUCACAGAUGUCACAGGUCAGACGAGUUCUUGAUACUUUUUCAGGCUGUACUUUGGGAGACUUGCGUCUUGUAGCAGUUUUGACAGUAGUUCGGUGAGAAAGUGUCUGCCCCUUUUUCCUAUGCCGUGCACCAGGCGGUCAUUUGUACGCUAGAGGGUUUUUACUUUUUUCUUUUGAGCUCUGGUAGCAGGGCAUGGAGGCUCUUGUUGUUCGACAAUGAUGAGGGUGAUGCCUUAGUUCCCUUUUUCGACUCAUUUUUUUGGGUCUAGUGUUUUUUUUUUUUUUUUUUUUUUUUUUUUUUUUUUUUUUUUUUUGGGGGGGGGGUGCCGUCGAAAUUUCGAAUCAUCGUCAAGGUUUCUGCAUCGCAGGGAUCUGAGCUGGAGGAGAAAAUUCGAGUGCAAGAUCAAGGCUGUGCUCCUCAGACGCAGAGGAGAUGACUUUUACUUUGUGAGGAGCAGGCAGUCUCUCCCCCCCUCUCUCUCUCUCUCUCUCCUUGUUGUCCAUCUCUCUCUCCCUCUCGUUCUCUCUCCCUCUUUCUCUGUGUAGAGUAUGUGCAUGACAAGACAGACCUGCUUAAGUUCGUCUGCUCCUUCGCAUACAUGGGCAAAAUUUGUGAGUGAAGGGUGAAGGAUGCAGUGUCUGUCAGGUUAUCCCCCACUUCGCUCUCUCUCUCUCUCUCUCUCUCUCUCUCUCUCUCUCUCUCUCUNCUCUCUCUCUCUCUCUCUCUCUCUCUCUCUCUGUGCGUAGAAUUAGCAAAACAAGACAGACCUAUUCAGGUCAUUUGCUCCUUUAAAGGUGUGGCCAAGACGUU